AUGAUGCAGAAACAAGAGUUCUUAGAACUGUUUGAGGCAGCAACUAAAGCGGCAAAGUCUGCUGCGAGAGGAGACGGUAAGAGUUCUUCUCCAGCGGUCUCUAGAUGUGUCGACGCCAUGGUUCGUUUGAAGGAAGCUCCCGAGUCUCUUGCUCGCGAGUUAGUCAUCGAUCUCAAAUACCCUCAAAUUGGAACGAGUCACAGCGUUCUCGUGGAUCACAAAAACCCUAGAAUCCAAUCCGAGGCAAAGCUUCUUUACUUUCGUUGGUUAAGGUAUCUCUAUGCCUCGGGAAGGAAACAGAGCCGACCAGUGCUAAAGAAGAAGAAUAAGAAGAAGCUUGUCGAGGAGGAGAUGAAGAUUUCGAAGACGACGGGGGAUUGUAACCGAGACAAAGUGCGUGACAUUCUUGCAAAAGCUUUGUCUAAAGUGGCUGUUGAGAUGAAGGAAGGAUUGGUUUCUUGCGAUUCUUGGAGUGUGGCUGCCUCGGUUGAAUCUGCAAUGUUUGAGAAACUAGGUUCUUUUGAAGGGACUCAAAAAGCAAAGUACAGAUCCAUUCUUUUCAACAUGGGAGACAGCAGAAAUCCUGACCUGAGGAGGAAAGUACUACUCGGAGAGAUCAGUGGAGAGAGGUUGGUGAGUAUGGAGAAAGAAGAGAUGGCUAGCAACAAGAUUCAGAUGGAAGUUCAAAAUAUCAAAGAGAAAGUCAGAGUUAGGGAUGAGAAUCGAGUCAAGAGCAUGAUGAUGUUUCAAUCAGACAGUACGAUCAUGAUUUAG